AUGGAUGAGCUCCUGAGCCCUGUGAGCAGUACCUACUACAAGCCUAGUGGUGACGAGAAGCCUCUGGAGCACGUCAACCGGACCCCCCCACAGGCGUCCUCUGUGCCAUCGAACUUCGAAGCAUCUUCAAUAGAGGAUGUUAUUAAGGCUCUGAAGAGUGAGCCUGACUAUGAUGUCCUUAUAUCAGCACUCAGACUAUUGAGUUGCGACAAUCAGAAGCUGAGAGGGUUCAAAAUUGGCUCCCCCGGCCCCGAGGCUGCACAGGUCAUCCAGACUUUGGUUACAGAGAUUGUCCCAAAUUAUUGGACCUUGCUCAAGGAGUCAUGCGUGGAAGAUGGCAAUGCAGAUCUCGAUCUUUUGCUCAAUGCCUUGAGAAGUCUGACCGGAUUAAAUGCGAUACUGCUCCGUAUACGCAGUCAUAUACAGGAGAAGAAAGGCGAGACUCCCGAAGCCAAGCGGUCAGACGUCUUGCUGAACCUCAAGAUUGACCUCGAGGUUCUCAGCGCCAUCCUGGAGGGGCACGGCCGUGUCAUGGGCAUCUGGACAGCCGUGUCUGAUGGCGAGGAUGUCGUAAAGCGACGCAUCAUGUCGAAGGAAUUUGUCAACGUUCUUGGCAGUGGCCGAAUUAUAUCGCUCUCUGCUGAAGCCGAGGCCCUCAUUUCUCAAGAUCGGACCAAACUCAGCUGGAUCGCUGAUGGGUUAGAGUACUCGAGAUGGCUUGCUCACAACAUUCUGGCCUGGUCAAAGGAAGCGCAGGAGCCUGAGGGAGAAAAGAUAGUAGCAGACUUGCUGUCCAAAGUAAUGCACUUGGGGUACUCUGAAACUGUCAUCAAAAUUAUCGUUUCGGAAUUAAUCAACGAACACCAAAGAGACGAGUCCCUUCAGGCCAUAUUCAACCAUCUACCUUACUCACAACAACGUACGAUAUUGUUCGGCCUGUUGAAGUCUCUUUCCGAGACUUACCUUAAUGAUCUAGGGGCCUGUGGUGCUCCUUCGGACGAAAGCAUCAUCUCAGCCGCAGCAGGAGUAGUGACAAAUCUCGUUGCAGAUGAGCCUAAAUAUAGGUCUCAUCUGAUUACCUGGUUGACGACUGCUACUGGGGCUGGACUCGGCGAUGCUGUUGGCAUUCGGCGUGCCAUCCUCGCAGUGCUGGCCCCGAAUCAAGACGACAUCAUAACGGUCUUUAGCAAAAGCUUAAGUCAGUUCGGCGACUACCUGUACAUCAGACAUACCCCCGUGUUACAGCAAGAAGUACAUGCACAAGUUUUAUUGCUGAGCGCUGGCUAUCUACAGAGACUCGCACCUCUCAAGUUAGCGCUACAGGUCAGAGGUGGCACCUUCAUGCAGAUGAUAUCCAAGAGACUUGAAGCCUCCCAAACCAGAGCCCGUUUGUUAGGUAUGAUUGUUGGCGAAGCGCUCUCGCAACUGGUAGAGAAGAGCGACAAGAGACUCGAUUUCAAGAUGGAGGAAACAAAGUCGGAAGAGGCUCUUUGGUACAAGAGCUUGGUCGAAUUGUCGGACGCUGUGGGCUCAACAGACCCGUUGAAAUCAAGUUUGCUGCAUGUUCGAGAUGAUCGAACAAAACUUCACAGACAAGCAAGGAAGCCUGCCUCAACUCCCAAACCUGCUUCGUCAACUGGCACGACAAGAGUUAUCAUUGAGGAGGUAGACUCCGAUGAAGAGAUGGAAGAUGACAUAAUACCACUGAAGAAGCCCGACGAUGACGACGAAGAUUCCGACAAUGAUCCAGAGACGGUAAAAAGGGACAGACCAAAAGCCCCUGUCUACGUGCGAAGCCUCAUCACAUACCUGCGGGACACCGAGAAUUACGACCGCCAAAAGCUGGCUGUCACAACAGCGCCGACAUUAAUAAGGCGGAAGGCUAACUUUGGAACUGAAGUCAAGGAGCAUGCUGAGGAGCUUGCGACGCUCUUGGUUGGACUUCAAGACACAUAUGAUAUCGAAAAUUUCGACGAUCUGAGACUACAGAGCAUGAUAGCCAUCAUCGUGGCUCAACCACAGAAAAUGGGUCCUUGGUUUGGCAAAACCUUUUUCGAUGGUGAUUACUCGGUGGCCCUGAGAGUUUCGGUCCUCACCGUACUCGGUCUCGGCGCUCGUGAACUGGCUGGGUUCAUUACCUCCGAGUUCGCAUCAGCAGCGUCUUUUCCUUCCAAAAUGCUACCUGAGCGCAUGGAGAAGCUCUACGUCGAAGAUGUGACCUCUGGCAACCAGCUGCAGUCGUCCUCGACGCUCAAGGCGUUGCCUCUCACAGCACUGGAUACAAUUUCCAAGUCUCUCACGUCCGACUUCAUGGCACCAAUAGCAGCCAAUGCCGCAGACACAGCAACCGGUCCAGACGUCCUAAAACUCUCGACUUUCAGAUCUCGCCUGGAGCAGCAAAACACUUCCGUGUCAAAAGGCAGAGAGAAACCUCGUAUCCGCGCCAUCCCCAAUACAACUGCUCAGCUCAUCGCCACGUCAUUCUUCUUCCCUCUCUCAGCCCGCUUCCAGUCGGCCAUUCGUUCAAGUGCCGGCCGUGCACGGGGUAUCAUCUUCCAACCUUUCCUCCUCUCGCUCUACCUCAAGACCCUUGCUCUUCUCCUACAUGCCGCGGGUCCAAGCACCCUCGCCUUGCCAGACAUGACCACCGAACUGUGGGGAAUCCUGCUCGGGAGUAGUGUUCGGGCGCACGCCGUCGGCGACCUAGGAGUAACGCACGCCAUGCUCUUUGCGUUACUGACAAUGCUGGAGGUCAAUGGCGACAGGAUGAGAGAUAUCUGUCAAACUAUGAGCAGAGAAGUGAUCGAGACCCAAGAGUGGGUUGUACAGGUUUUUCAUGGCAUCAGGGGUGAAGACGGCAGUGGGGAGGAGGCGGAAGUCAAGGCAUUGGCCGCAGGUUGUUUGGUGAGAAUCAAUGAGGGCAUGGAGAAGUAUCGAAUGUUGUUGAUGGGCGACAUGAUCGGGUGAUCCGGGAACAAGGCGGACUCAAGAUAGAAGGUUUGCUCGAGCAAUGGGUCAGGGCCAUUCCAGCACUGUAGGCAAAUGUUCACAGGCGCGCCGCACCCUUUAUCAUCCGGAGGCUUGUUCAGGACAGCAGAAAAUAAUACAAACGUACUUGUC